CGCGCAUGUGAGGCAGCAUCCGUAUUUUUUCUCGUAGUCUUUACCAUGUUUACGGGCUGCAGAGGAAAUUUUCCACCGUGCUUCUUACCUCUUCGACUGGGUGAGGAACCGUUCGCCACAAGGAGCAUUGUCUAUCAGUGUCACUAAACUAUUACCUAGCUUUGCGGGAAGACCAUGGGAAAGAUCUUUUCCACGAGUAGCGUCGAAAGUGCUGCAUGCAUGGUGUUUCCCCGUGUGCUUCAGACUCCAUUGCUGCAGUCCCGGCAGGCAACAUAAAUGUCCGCCUAAAUCAACUUGCUUGGAACCUUGCCAUGGGCUUCAUGUGAUAGGCUCCGUAUCAAGGGCAGUGCACAUUUUGGAGAAUUCCCAAUCAUUGUGUGUGAUAGUAGUGCGGAGAUACCGGCGGCAUGCCUCGCCAAAGAAGCCGCUCUCACUCGAGGCCCCAGGAAGAAAGCAUGGCUAGGCGAGUGGACGGCACUUCCUUGCUCAACCCGGAGACGAAAUUCAGCAUGGACAGGAAUGCCAUAAGCUCAGCACCCGGCUCGCUGAAAGGCCGCGAAAGCAAGGGCUUGAGGACGAGAAGCCGAGACCGACUCAACUCGGUCACGUCUACGCUCGCAGCAACGCGCGACAAAGUCAGCCAAGUCCGACGAUUCUCCAUGACGAGCAGCAGGGCUGCUUCAGCGGCCAGUAAGCCGGCGCAUGCUGUGCAACGGGCGUCACUGCCGGUAGGGGUGCUGGAGAAACUCGCCUCUUUACCACUCUACCUGGGAGAUACGCAAAGUUGCAGUUUGGAGCAGCUGUAUCAAGCCACAUUGGAUGUGCUGCGAUGCACCGGCAACAACCAACUCACCAGCAAUGGCUUGUUUUAUGUCAAAGAGUGCUUUCGGAGGGCGGAUGAACAGGAGGAAUGGUCCAGCGAUUCGAGAAUCGAGGACUUCAUACCCAUCAGUUUAGCAGUGAUUAAGGCCAAAGACAUUGGUCCUUUACUUGUCAAGCAUCCCGCUUCGCGUGCUGGUACAGCCAUCAAGAGUCAACUCUUCUGGAGAGCCCUGGUCAGGCCCUCUCAGAGCCAGCCUUCUUCCUCCACAUCCUCCUCGUCCACCUCCUCCUCCUUCCGCGCCGUGCGUGAAAAGCAGAAACUCGAGGAGCAGAUAUCCGCAACUCACCUGUACUCCCACCUAAUGGUUGACUGCGAGGACUCACCAGAGUGGGACGGCAGCCGGGUGCAGCUAAAUGUGUCAAAUCUCCUAAAUGAAGACCUGGUGCUACAAAUAUGGAGAGCUGAUGACAUGAAGGCCGGCAGUGAGGACUCCGAUGUUGCCAUGGCAGCUACCUUAGGAGUAGAGAAGACAUCAUCGUCACGCUCUCGCUCUUCAUCACUGCAUAAGCCAAGGAAUGUGUCGGAGCUAUCCAGCACCAAGACGUCUGGUGGUCAGAACUUUCGACAACGAAUACGCACCUUGUCCUCCAAGUCCAGGUUAUCCAGACCUGUAGAAUCACUUCAGAAGAAGACUGUCACCAGCCUGAUCACUGAGGCGAUACUGCCGCUUGAGGGAAUUCAAGGACGAUUUCAUGAAGUCGACAAAUGGCUGGUGGCCACCAGAACAGAAGGGAAAGACGGGAAAGAUGGGAAAGCCACACAAGCAAGUCUCCCGCAGAUUCGCAUGAAGGCCAGAGUGCUGACUGACAAGGCCAUACCGGAAGUGCCGGGCGUCUCCGCUGUCGAAGUCUACCUGUUCACCCUGGAAACGUUCCUGUUCCACGAGCGGCACCUGGCACUGUACCAAUCCCAACUGUCAGCAGCAGCAGCAGCCACCGCUGCCGGGACUUCCUCUCAGAGGGCUUCGAGCCACUCUGUUGAAGGUGGUGGCAGUGGUGGCAGUGGCACGCAUACAACAAGCAGCAGCAGCAGCAGCAAUGCCGGCGGCAUGCCCGUCAUCACGUCGGCCGAGCUGUCUGAGACAGCGCGAUACAUUCUGCAGCAGGUGGCCGCCCUGCGCGGCGUCACGCUGAAGGAAGAAAUCUGGUGCCAAUGGCUAGCCGGUAGCAAGACCCUGUCGACCAGCGGCGACAUUGUUCUAACGAGCGACGGUGCACAGCAGACGCUUUACGCUGCACGACUUCUGAAGGAAAACUCCCAGCUCGUACAAAGCCUGCCAGAAGCAGAAGUGCAAGCGUGGAAGGACUCGCUAGAAUCGGUGGCUGAAGGACUCCUGAAGCACGCCAGGCACCUGGCAUACAAGAUUAUACUGGAGUCCGGGCUGGACGACUGGAACAGUCUCCUCCAAUGUACAAAGUGCAUCAGGGCUAUCACUGAGCUGUUGCUGUACAGAGCCUGGUUUCCCAGCAUGGCAAACUGCAAGACGCGCGUCGUCGGGGCUGUUAAGGCAAGUACAGUCGAAUGUCACUUAUCCGACCACUUCGGGAAUCAGGCGUGUUGGAUAACUGGAUAUGUUUGA